UGCUUGUUUGUUAUUUUCGAGACUUGACAGUUCCUACUCUUCUAAAAUUGUGAUUUGUGAAACCAAAUAGGUUAGGUGUAAAGAAAUCGUAAUGGGAGAUUCUAAUUAUAAGACAAAAGUUGAUACUGGCGAACAAAACCCAGUAUUAAAAAAGGCUGAAUUAGACUACAUGAAGAUUAUAGAGCAGAAGAAUCGCGAAAGAGUUCAAAAACUGCAACAAUUGGGAAGACGUAACCGAAUGACGGGCUUUUCGAUUGGAGCGGGAGUUUUAGGUAUUUAUUUGUACUCCAUCUUCGCUGUAAAGCAAGAAACUUUCUUGGACGAUUUUGAGGAGCCAGCAAAAGUUCAACAAUAA